ACAGCGACGUUCACAGGAAUCAACAGUAAACACUUGACUGUCGCUACAUCGAGAGCAAGGUAGCUAACAAGAACCUGGACUCAGAGUGAUGUGUUUGUCCCAGCUGCUAUAGUGGAGCACUGCUAUAGCUGAAACCCCCUCCCUAUCCUCGAAGACCUCCACCAACAAAACCUCCGUCCUCCACCUCCUCCUCCCCCCCGGCCGCCCCUGUGAUGCCUCCCUCGUGCUGUGGCUAUCUGUCACAGUACACCCAUCAUCAUCUGGUUGCCUUCCUCCUCACCUUCUUUAGCUAUGUGUUGCUGCAUGCAUCCAGGAAGACGUUCAGCAAUGUGAAAGUGAGCAUCUCAGCCCAGUGGACGCCGUCCAUCCAGAAUGACAGCGCUCCUGCGUUCUCCCCCAGCGAGACAUGGGAGGACAAUCAUCUGUUUGCAGAUGAAAAGCAGGCCACCCUGUUUCUGGGAGCUCUGGACUCCAUCUUCCUCUUCUCAUACGCAGUGGGUCUGUACUUGAGCGGUGUGAUCGGGGACAGAGUGAACCUGCGAUAUGUGCUCUGUGUCGGCCUGUGUGGCUCUGCUGCAGUGGAGUUUGUGUUCGGCACUCUGACUGAAUGGCUCCACAUCUACAACAUCUAUCUGUACUGUGGCCUCUGGGUGCUGAACGGGCUGCUGCAGUCGGCCGUCUGGCCCUGCGUGGUGGCCGUCAUGGGCAACUGGUUCGGCAAGACGGGGCGCGGCUUUGUGUUCGGCUUGUGGAGCGCCUGCGCCUCCGUGGGCAACAUCCUGGGUGCCUUCCUGGCUUCUAGUGUGCUCAAGUAUGGAUAUGAGUAUGCCUUCCUGGUGACGUCCGUGGUGCAGUUUGCCGGUGGGGUGGUGGUGUUCUUCGGCCUGCUCACCUCCCCGAAAGAAGUUGGUCUGAGCUCGGAGUCGGAGACCGGACUCGGCCCGGUGGAGACGGACACGGACAGCCACAAGCCUCUGAUGAGCGAUGAGGAGGACGAAGUGGAGGUGGAGGUUUACGGCAGACGAUACGAGGCGGCAGCGGCGACGGCGGCGGCUCAGCAGCAGGAAGAACCUCCAACCGAACCUCCGCAAGCCAUCAGCUUCCUCCAGGCUUUCUGUCUGCCUGGAGUUCUGCCUUAUUCUCUGGCGUAUGCGUGUCUGAAGCUGGUCAACUACUCCUUCUUCUUCUGGCUUCCCUUCUACCUGAGUAACAACUACAAAUGGAAAGAGGCUGAAGCCGACCGCCUGUCUGUGUGGUACGAUGUCGGAGGAAUCGUCGGAGGAACAGUCCAGGGUCUGAUCUCUGACUUUAUGGGGAAGAGAGCUCCGGUGCUGACGGUCAGUCUGGUGCUGGCAAUGGGAGCCCUCGUGGGAUACAGCCGAUCACCCAACGACCAGGUGAUAAACGCAGUGCUCUUGGCCACCACUGGCUUCUUCAUCGGCGGUCCAUCCAACAUGAUCAGCUCGGCCAUAUCCGCCGACUUGGGCAGACAGGAGGCUCUGAGGGGCAGUAAGGAGGCUCUGGCUACCGUCACUGGUAUCGUGGAUGGAACAGGAAGUAUAGGAGCUGCUGGAGGACAGUAUCUGGUGUCUCUGAUUGAGAGCAAGCUGGGCUGGAGGAGCGUCUUCUACUUCUUCGUCGUCAUGACUGGGGGCAGCAUUCUGUUCAUCACUCCGCUGCUUCUCAAAGAGCUGCGAGCCAUGUGGAGAGACCGACGGGCGCGGCGACGCCAGCUGUGAAAAGAAAAAAAGCUCAACAUCUGCCAGCUGUAAUGUUUCUCCUCUUAUCGGUGACACAGCAGGUCAGAUUCAGCUCCUUAGGUGAGUUUCAGGAUGUGUAAAAACGCAGCCUAAAGCAUACAGGUACGGUUCUUUUUAGUGCAAAUACAAAGAACUGAAAGGUUGAGCUGAAGUGCCUGACUGAAAAAGAGUUUUGAAAGGGACCCGACUGUCGCUCUGACCAGUCUGUAGAUUCACUCAGAAUGUACUCGUGUAAAUAUUUUAGCCUUUAAAUUAUUGUAAAUACUCCACUUUUUAAAUGUCCAACGGUCGAUAUGACUGAAUUUGAUUUUUAAACCACGACUUCUUAACUUAAAGAUCCUUAAAGACAGUUUGAGGGUCAGAGUUACCUAAAGAAUGUGAAUAGUGAUUGUAAUGUAAAAAAAAACUAUCAUGAGCUGUUGUAGAUAUGUAAAAUAUUUAGAUCGGGUUCGGUUGAGGUACUCAGAAUUGCACUCCGGGAUAAUCACGCAGUCUUGAACCACUUUGAUCUGAAGGUUUUGGGAAACUUUCACCUCACAAAGUUAGUUUUUUUUUUUGUAAUCCGGAUCAGAAUCUUAACUGUAAAGCCUUUUCGUGACAGAGACUGGUUCUCUUGGUUCUGUGUAGGCGUCAGUCACUGACUCAAUUUUUGCUCUUCAUUCCCUUUUCGCCUCAUUUAUGCUCGAAUGUUUACAGUUUGACUUUUAGUGUCUUAAUUCACAGUUAACACACACACACUGGUUGAAACACAGUUUGCUGUUUUGUUCUCUCACUCUUGGUUCAUAAUGUAGCACGUAGCUAAAAGCUAAACGAUAAAUUGACAUCACGGAAGAGUUUGUUUUAAAAUAUUAGUUUAGUUUGUUGGGCAACUUAACUGUAAAUCUAUGAGGAAUAUGUCAGUUUAUAAGUUUUAAUUGCCAGUAAAGGUGUAAUAUUAGUGCAGGAUUUUAAUGCAAGGUGGUGGCAUCGUCAUACAAUUUCUGCUAAUCAUUGUUUGGACACUUUGUCUUCAUGCUAGACAGACUUGAAUCAUUUGGAAGAAGAUAGUUUUGGUUAAGACAGGAAUUUAUUUGCACUCCUGCAUGUAGAUGCACGAAUCUUCAUGCAAAAUGCUUUUGACAUGUUUAGAAAGUAACAUCAGGGCUUUAUUUUGUCAUCAUUAUCCAUAUGAGGUAGGUUUUUUGUCUUAAUCUUGGGGAACUGAUGCUUAGUCUGAGACUUUCAUUGCUUUUGCCUCUCAAUGAGCCAAUCAAGUGUAAUAGAAUGUCAGUUGAAACAUGUGGAAUGUGUAAUCUGGAAUCUGUGGUGCAAUUUUAAACUUGUUUUUAUUUUUUAUUUAUGUGUACUUUUUGACCUUUAACUGAUGUAAAUGCAUUUUUUUUUUUGGAAAUAAAUGCAAAAUCCAUUUUGCAGAUUGUGAGUA